AUUUUGUACUCUACAACUCAACUGCUCACUGCUUUUGUAUUUACUAUUUGGUUACAUUACCAUUCUACCAAAGCAUACAUUUAUUGUUUUAUUCUGAUCCAGUGAACGAGUAUCGUGCUUUGUAGUCGUUUCUUUCAUCAGAUUUAUUGUUUGUAAGUAUAUUUAUCGCUCAAGUAAUAACUACUAAUCUUGACUUAUGUUCUCGCUAUCAUAAUAGUAUUCUUGUUAAUGUGGUCUACAUACACGGAGUAGCACAUGUUUUCUUUACUAAUCACAAUGCCUAUUUACAACAUUUCAAUAACCUACUUAUAAUAAUUAUAUUUCCUACAUUAUACUGUACAAAUUCAUUCUGGGUAGGGGGUAGUUGGGUAUCUGUACAAAUGUAUAGUUAAUAGGUAUCUCUGAAUUCUUAUUAUAACAAAUUUCUUAAUACCUACAUUGUCAAUGUCCCAAAACUUAAAUGAUCAAUUUCAAUAUAAAUUUAUAUAUCACAGGGGUUAGUGAAACUUUUUUUUGUUAUAUUUUUCCUUUGAAGGUACCUUUUUUUUUUUUUUCAACCCGAAGGUUAGUUUACAACUCCACUUCUCCAUUCUAACCGGUUACUCGCCUUUUCUUUAAGUUCCUUAAAGGUUUUAACUUUUGCAUCACAUUUAAUUUGUCCUAUAUAGGAGUUUCGGGGACGUCUUGCAGUUUUCUUUCCUUCUAUCAUACCCUCUAAUAUUAUAUUAUGCAAUUCUUCUGGAUGUCUCAUGGCAUGUCCGACCAUUUUCCAGCGUCUUUCUCUAAUCACAUCUAUGAGUAUGUUUUUCUCCCACCGUUCUAAGUACUUCAUUCGUUAUCCGUUCUAUCCAGCUUAUCCUUUCCAUAUGUCUUCAACACCACAUCUCGAAGGCUUCUAGUCUUUUCUUUUCAGUAUCAUUUAUAACCCAAGUUUCAUAUCCGUAUGUUGCGACACUCCAUGCAUAUAUUUUUAUAAGUCUCUUCUUGAUAUUGAGAUGCAUCUUCUUUGAAGUGAGCAACUUAUGGUUUUUACUAAAGGCAGUUUUUGCUAAUGAUAUGCGUUGUUUUAUCUCGUGGACACUCUUGCCAUCAGAUAUGAUUUUGCUCCUUAGGUAUAACAUUUCCUCUACUUGUUCUAGUUUUUGACUACAUAUUUAUACAUCAGCUUUUACUUUCGGGUUUUUGGCGCAGACUAAGAUCUUCGUUAUUUAUUUUCAUUUCUGAUGUUCUGAGCAUUUCAUCCAUUUCUUCAACUGCACGCUGUAUGUCCUCUUCACUUUUUGCUAUUACCACAAUGUCAUCGGCAAAUCGUAUCAUUGAAACGAUUUCUCCAUCAAUUUUGAUUCCAAUAUUUAGCCUUGUUAGUUUUGCUUUUACUGUAUUUAUAACUUUUUCGAUGUAGCAGUUAAACAGUGGUGGUGAUAAUGUGCAUCCUUGUCAAACUCCUUUUUUUAUUUGAGCUUUAGUUGUGAUUUCUCCUUUCUUAAUGCAAGCUGUCUGGUUCUUAUACAGACUGUGGAUAAUUCUUAGGUCUUGUUGCUCGACACCUACUUCUCGUAAUAUGAGUAGCAUUUUGUUCCUAUUUACUUUAUCGAAGGCCUUCUCCAGGUCAGUGAAGGCCAAAUAUGUAACUUUAUUUUUAUCGAUCUGUUUUUCAAUUAGUACUCGCAGUCCUAAAAUGGCUUCUCGUGUGCCUUUUUGUCUUCUAAAUCCAUAUUGAUCGUUUUUUUAAGUACUGCUCCACUUUUCCUUCUAUUCUUCGAUUUAUUAAUUUUGAUAGGAUUUUUGAGACGUGUGUCAAUAAGCUCUAAACUGUUCACAGAAAUUUGUUCCACUUUUCUUUGGUAUAGUUACAAUUAUGCUUUUGCGGUAAUCAUCUGGCACAUCUCCUUUCUCAUAUAUAUCCUGAGUUAGUAUAUAUAAUAUAAAGCGUCCUUUAUAUUCGUACUUGCACAUUGCAAUAAUUCUGCUGUUAUGUUAUCAAUCCCAGGAGCUUUAUUUUGUUUCAAGUCAUGGAGUGCUAACUCAAAUUCUGAUUUUAAAAUGGGCAAUUUCGUUUCUUCCUCAUCUGUUCUCGUUAUCAAUUAAUAAUUAACCAUUUUUAUCUUUGAUAUUAGUGCAAUUUCGUUUUCUUUUUCCCACAAAUUGUUGGAUCUUUUGAUACGCAUAAUCUAUUUUGUUAACUUUGAAUAGUUGGUCAAUUUCGCUGCACUGCUGCUCCAACUAUUCUUCUUUGGCUUUUCUUGCUUCUCGGUUAUCCUGAUUCCUUAGUUGAUGAUACUUUUGUUGUCCUUCUCUUGUAUUAUUGUUUUUAUAUUUUUGUCUUUCAUCUAUAAGUUUUACUAUUUCUUUGUCAAUCCAUGCUUUUCUAGGUUCUUUCUUUUCUUUUUUUGUCAACAUAGUAUCCGCUGCCUUUUUGAUAACUGAUUUUAUGUUCUCCCAUUUUUUAUUCAGAGGGUCAUCUUCAUUUCCUUUUUGGUAUUCGAUAUCCAUGUAUCGUCCAUAUUGUUCCACAACAAUUGUUCCGCUCUUCUAAGUAAUCUGACAUAUUUUUCUUGCUGUACUUUUGGUUUUUGUGGUUUUUUAUAACUGAGUUUGCAUUUCGUUAUUACUAAAUUGUGAUCACUGUCACAAUCAGCGCUCAGGUAUGCUUUACAGAAUUUAACUUGGUUCUUGAAUCUAAUUUUCACCAGUAUAUAAUCUAUUUGGUAACGGGCAAUAUCGCCUGGCAUUUUCCAUGUAUAUAUUCUUCUCUUAGGGUUUUGAAAUCUGUUGUUUGUUAUAAUCAUCCCAUUUUCUCUGCAGAACUCCUCUACUCUUUCUCCUAAAGGUACCUAACAAACAUGUAUAAUCAUAAAUUACCUAAUAAGUAUUAAUAUUAAAUAAACAUGUACAAAUAGGUACCUACUAAAACUAAAAUGUAUAGUUAAAUAACUUGUGUGAUAUAAAUGUGGUAUAGUGAUAACACGAUCUUCCGAGCUGCCGAAAUUCUCUCGUCGUAAAUGUUAAUCUUUAAACUGAGUUAAUAAGGUAAUCGACCAAUCGUGGUCAGUUAUUAGCCAUAAACUCAGUUUAAGAAUCAGAUAAACACUUUUUCUACGUUAGUGAGAACGGUUCUUAGUCUUUUCGGUAUCAUUGAAAAUUAAUCUGAUUUUAUCUUAAAUUUUGUAUAGGUAAUAAAAUAUAAUAAAUAAUAAUUACAAAAAUGAUUACUAUUAUUAUGUAAAUUAUGUUUCAUAAUCAUAAAAAUAUACGAUGAUAACAAUUUGUUAUCCAUCUAGUAAUACAAUAUUUGACAAAACUGUCAAGUGAAGUUUGACAUACACCCACAGAUAUAUAGAACUUAAUAAAUAUAUCUGUGCAUAUCUCGUCAUUAUUUUAAAAUAUUGUUUAAUUAUUCCAUGUGUUUCUUAAUUCAUCAGACCUUUGAUGGUAUCAUGAAAUAUUAAAUGAACAUCGUAUUAAACAGUGUUACAUGAAACCAAAAUCUAUAGUAAUAAUGAAUAAUCAUCAUAAAAAAAUGAAGUACAUCUAGUCCACCACAUAUUUUCAUCAACCAAUUCAGAAACACGUUGAGUGAUAGUCAUUUUUGAUGCCAUCAUAGGUUUUCAGAUUAGAAAAGGAACAACACCGAUGCCACUACAGAUGGACUAAAGAACACGUAGAUUCAUAAUGCCAGGGUUAGGUUGAGUUGAAUGUCAUGUCAUGUUAUGAAAACAACGUAGAUCAAUCUAUGAAUAUAACUCUAACACAGUGUAAUAGAUUGAAUAAUCACUAUCACUAUAACAUAUUGAUUAUCAGCAACAAAUUAAAAUUUUGAAUUAAUAUGGUUAAUAAAUGUAAAAUAAACAAAAGUCUAAUUUAAACAAAUAUUACUAAAAAGUGAAAAAACUCAGAAUAUUCCUGUAAUAUUAUUAAAUUGUAAAAUUUCCUUAUUUAUCAGCACAUUCAGAGUUUAAAUGUUCAAUCAAUAGUUUUUUUUUUCAUUUAAGAUAAAUGUAAUUACAUUUUGAAAAAUCUGAUUCUUCAAGAUUAAUAUUUUCUACCUUAUGGACAUUUUUUUGAUAAAGUUUUAUUACAAAUAUUUUAAGGAAAAUCCAUUUAAAAAAAGAAAUAGAUUGUGAAUUUAAAAGAAUUAUAUGCUAAUUAAUACUGAUCAUAUUUUAGUAUAAUGUCGUCAGUGAAUAUUCAAAUAUUGGUACUUUUGUAAUAUUUUGUUUUCAUAAUAAAUAAUCUUGCUUUGAUCAAUAUGUUAAAAUAAAAGGUGUCAAAAUUCUGAUGUCAUGCCUGUAUUUGAUAAAGUGUGUUUUACUAAACCCCUUGUAUUAAAUAGCAUCAUGAAGAUAACUUAAAACCUGUUUUGGGCAAGAGUUAAUAAGUAUUGAAUAGGAUACCAUAUUUAUUCAAAAUUUUAAUUUGCAAAUAAUAAACAUGUUAUUUACAUUACGCACACUAUAAGUGGUGCAUUCCUGUAUUUAAACACUCCUUAAAAUACCUAGCACCACAAUAUUUUCUUUUAUUGAUACAAUAUACAUAAUAUAAUAAGUAUCAUUAAGUAAACAUAACCAAUUUAUAUAAUCAUGGACUUUAGUUAAAUCCAUAGUCCUAAUAAAAAUCUGUUUUCUUUGUAAUGUAACUAUUACUAUUUUACUUAUAUAGUGUUAUACCUAUGAUUAUUUAUUUUUAUUUUGUAGGUCUUGAUAUCAUUGAAAAUAUUCUAAAAUUUACUUUUUAGUGACAAUUAUAAAACAAGUAAUACAAUGGUACCCAUGGUAAGUUGACUUUAUAAUUUAUAAAAUUUCUAGUACUUAUAUUUUACACACAUGAUACAAUUCAUUCAAUUAUACUCUACAAAUUAUAAAUUAUUUUAUAAUUAAUGAUAAAUAUUGUUUUAAAUUUAAAUUCAGCAAAUACUAUUUAUCAAAAUUCCACUCUGAAUCUUAUUAUGUUUACAGUGUAUUCUUUUAGAAUUAAAACUAAAUUAUCAUAUAAAUAUAUAUAUAUAUAUAUAUGUAUCUUUUAAAUUUCCAACUUAUAACAUUAACCUACCUAUAAGUACUAUAAGAUAUUUUGGUUUUUUAUUUUAUUAGUACUAGGUGGGGCAGAUAAUUAAUAUUUACGGAAUUCCAUGGUCCAAAAAUUAAUAGCAUUGUAAUAGAACACUACUAAAAAUUAAUUUGUAUUACUUUAAAAAUAAAAUUCAAUCAAAAAAAUAUUUUUUUAAUGUUUAGACUUUUCCAAAAUUACCAAACUAUGGUAAUAAUAGAACAUGUAAACAAAUAAUAGCUCGCUCUUUCUACAUCAAGUGCAUUAAAAAUGAAAAGUUUCGAAACUUUGGUUGGGAAACUUUAUAUGCCAACAAUCAAUCAAAGGUCCUUAAAAUCAUUGAUAUGUGUGAUGAUGCAUAUCUUCUAUUCAUACUUGUGCGACUGGAAUUAUUGAAUUUUAAUGCAAUUGAUGUUUACGCUGAAUUGUCUACUAGCAAAUUACCUCAAGAUCCAAUGGCAAUAAAGAUAGCAAAUUAUCUAAAAGACGUAAUUCCAAAUGCAGAUCCUAUUUACUUAGCUCUAGCUGGAGAGAUGUUUGCAUACAAUUCAGAUGGUCUAACUGAUUUUAUUGAGCAAAUUUCUUCUGGAAAAAAGACUAUUUAUCCAAAAUUAAGCACUUACAAAGAAUGCAUUAAGAAUAUACAAUUGGUUAAGAAUUUAACCAUAAACUUUAGUCCACGAAGUUUUAUUAGACAGUGCCCUGACCCAGUCAAUUACUUUAUUAAAAUAAACACUGCCUCAAAUAAUCAAUUUAAUGAUGACAAAUUAAAUUACUUAAUUGAUAGGUGAGUUUUGUAGAGCAAUUUAGGAUAUAUUUAUAAUAACUGAACAUUGUUUUUUUUCUUUUUAGAUUUUUUAAAAUUCCAAAACCAAUUAUACGAAAUGAAUUUAUUUCUCGUAAUUAUGAUCUAAUAGCCACUGUUGAUGCGUUAGAAGUUGUUAGUCAAAAAAGUAAAAAUUGUUUGCGAAAAGGAAGAAAGCCAUGGUCAACUGGAUACGUAAUUUUUUUUGGUGAAAAGGAUAAUAUAGAUUUUUUGAAAGAAGUAAAUAAAUUAUAUUAAUUACUUAAUUAUAGUAUCCUUAUUGAAUAAUCUUUUAUAUUAUAGAUAGCAUAUGUUGAAAAUAGAGAAGCUGUUCAAUUUCAUAUAGAAACUGAUUACUAUUUGAGAGUUAGUGAAGUUGAAAAAGUAAAUAUAUUUAUACUUGAUAUCAAUCUCUCUAAUUUAUGUUAUACAUAUUUUUUUAUCUAUAAUUUUGACUAAUUUAUUUUAUGUAAUAUGUAUAUAUUUUUAUAGGCCAUGGAAAUGGAUUUAUUAUAUAAAUGUGAAUGUUGUUAUGCAACUGACCUUCUACAGGAUGAAGUAAGUUGCUGUCCAAAGGGUCAUUCAUUUUGUUUGGAAUGCAUUAAAAAGUAAUUUUUGAAAUGGUUGUGUUAUAUAUCUACAUAAAUACAAUUUUAACUUUUUUAUAUUUUUAUUUCAUUAAUUAUUAAUUGUUAGGUUUGUAGAAAUAGAGGUUGGUUUAAAAAAACUAGAAUUUCAAUGCCUGGCUACUUGUACUGAAAAUUUCCAUUUAGAGAUGCUAAAGGUGAGUUUUCUUUAUUACUUAUGAUUUAUAUAUUAAGAUAUUUAAUAUUCAAAUAUUUAUAUUUCAGGAAAUAGUCGAUGAAAAACUAUAUGCACGGUUAUUAAGAUUAAAGCAAGCAGAAGAUAUUAAAGCAGCCAAUAUUGAAGGUCUCGAGACUUGUGCAUUUUGUGAUUAUUCUGCCAUUGUAUCCCAGGAUCUCAAAAUCUUUAGUUGCUUAAAUCCAGAAUGUGGUAAAGAAAUCUGUAGGUCAGUAUAUAUUUUUAUAACUAUACUUAUGAGAUGUAACUUUCAACAGGUCAUUGACAUUUUUAUGUAUGUUAUGUUUAAAAAUAUUUAAUUUUGUAGUAAUGUAGAUGAUUAAUUUUUAAAUACAAUAAUGAGAUUGAUUAUACAAGGACAGUUACAAAACUAAAAAACUGCCUAGAGUGAAUUUAGAUAUAUAAUAAAAUAAAUAAUAAAAAAGUGUUUUGAUUUAUAAAUAUUUAUAUUGUAUGGUUUCCUUUCUUUUUAGUCUUUUUUUUAUGGUGGUUUUGGGGGUCAACUUUUAUAAUUCAAAUGAGUACAUUUACUUUUUUGUGCAAAAAUGAUAUGAAAUUAUUUUUAAUACAUUUUAGUGAUUGAGUAACAUUAAAGAGUGAUUUAAAAAUUUUAAAAAUUUCAUUUAUGGCUUUAUUUGUAUUAACUUUAAACCCUUCUAGAUCAGAGUUUUAAAUAAAUUAAUGGUAUUGGAAUUGACAAGUUCACAUAUUUUCACAAGUAAAAAUAUAUUAUUUAAACAAUGCAAAAAAACCUGAUAAUACUAGACUUUUUUUUUCAUAAUUCAAUUUUAAUAAUAUAAUACAUAUUAAAUUACUAAUAAUAAUAAUUCCAUAAUAAGUACUUGUAAAAAAGUGUAAUAAUUGCUAAUUGUUUGAUUUAAAAGAAAAUUGUAUCUUUAUUUUGUUGAUAAGUUAGAAAUAAUUAUGUUAAUCGUAUAGUAGUAUAAAUGUAUAAUAUGGUAUCCGUAAUAAUUCUAAACAUAAAAAUAUCUAGAAUUUGCAGAGAAGAGAAUCACGUUCCAUUGAAAUGUAAUGAAAUUGAAAAAACACCGGAGUUACAAAUUAGAACUAUGAUUGAAAACAAAAUGUCUGCAGUACUCAUCAGGUAACCAACUUACCCAUUGGUAAUCCAUUUUAUUUUUUAAAUUUACAAAUCACUGUUUUCUGAGACAAAUUUGUUAUCAGUAAUAUGUUUUUUUUAAUGUAAAUAGAGUUUGCCCAACUUGUGGUAAUAAGUUUUUAAAGGAAUCAGGCUGUAAUAGAAUAGUAUGUACUUGUGGGACUCAUAUCUGUUAUAUUUGUAAAAAUAUUCUCAGUGGAUUUUACGACCAUUUUUAUCACUUGGGUCCAAUACCUGAUAGGUAAGUUGUGCACAUUUAAAACAAAACUAAAAUUAACUUAUCGUAUUAUGCAUAAUUUAUUAUUUAUUAGGUGCCCAUUAUAUACUGAUGAAAAUUUAAUACAUGUUGCUGUGAUUGAAGCUGCAGCCAGAUUAAUAAUAAAUGAACUAAAAGAGACUAAGCCUGAAUUGUUAAACAAAGUUGACCUUAACAAGCUUUUACCGGAAAUCAUAAAUAAAAAACCAGCAGUACGUCGUCGUGGAGGACAUGGUACUCCAAGUACAUCUGUUGUAAUUGAAAAUGAAGUUAUAGCAAAAAUUCUUGGUGAAGAUGUUGAAAAAAUAAAUCAGCUCUCAGAUAUGAGUAGGUUAUAUUUAAAAAAUUAAAAAAUUAAAUACUUUAAUGUUAAAUUUUUUAUUCUCUAGGGGAAUUUCCAUCAAGACAACCAAAAAGACCCAGGGUUGAUUAAAUUGCCUAGCAUCAAAUGAUUAACAAUUAUUUAUUAUGCAUGCUAUAUAUAUUACUACUUUUAAGAUUUUCUAGGUUUAUUUAAGUAUCUUAAUUUUUAGUUUUAUUUUUCAAUAUUACUUAAUGAAGUUAAUUUAAUUAUCUUACUAAUUUUAAUUGAUAUUAGUAGAUUUUCAUAUUUUAGAUCUAAACCUUUUUUCUCGUGUUUUAUUACAACAGGUUUAAUAUUUCAAAUUGUAUUAAGUUAAUCCAAUUAUCCUACUAUUUUCAAUUAGUAUUAAUAGAUUUUAAUAUGUAACAGGAAAAUGCUUUUGUUCUAUACAAUUAUUU